GCAGCCACUCACUGAGUAACUUUUAGCCAUGGCCUACAACUCAAAUCAUCACCAGCCGUACAAUCUCAACUACAGUCCUAAUGAAGAGCUCGAGGACUUUGACGUCAGGGCAGACUUUGAUGUCAAAGGGCCUAGGUGGAGUGAAGUGCAUGGCAACGGUUUGUACAAUCCUGGUAUUGAAGCAGGUAGAGGAAACGCAAGAUCAAGUACGAUCGGUCUGGGUGUCAUGGGAGGCGACAGAAACAACAGACCUGUCAGCGAGCAUAUACCCCCCCUAGGUCAUACUUAUUCUCAAGACACCAGGAAAUCCCUCGCCUCAAAAGAAGAGCUUGUUUCUGUGCCAGUGUUAGGACCUGAGUGGAGGAAGACUGAAUUACAUGACCUUUCACGAAGGGGCCAAUCUGGCAUCAAAGCAGAGAAGAGGAAGAAAGCUUGGCUAGAAUGGACGAGAGACCAACGAGGAUUAUGUGGAGUCCGGUGGUUAACUAGAAAAGUGAUUGUAGGAGCUGUUUUUCUGUUCUGCGUUGCCCUUGGUGUAACGCUCUACUUUGUCAUUCCAAGAGCGCCGAGCUUCGAAUUUUAUGAUGAACAACCAUUCACUGUCAACAACGACACAAUCUCUUUCAGUCGGACGCCAACCAAUUUUUCGUUUUCUGGGAACCUCAAUCUCUGGGCCGACGCAUCCUCAUCUUACGUUCCAGUCCAUUUCACGCAUCUGGAAGCUUCUUUGUACGACGAAACAACAAACAAAAAGAUAGCGACAGGGGAUUGGGGAAAUCACGUCAUGCCGCACAAAGCUGAGCAAGCUAUUAUAUUACCUGUGAAGUUUGCAUAUAGUGCUAUCAACACUUCCGAUACGACUUGGAACGAUUGGUAUAAUGCAUGCGGCCAUAUGUGGCCAGGCACGACCAGAUCUGAUCUCAAGCUCAAGCUUUUGCUCAAGAUGUCGAUCGUGGGCCUGACCAAAAAGCCGCUGACAUCAACAUUGAUCAGUGGUGUUACCUGCCCCUUCGAAUUAUCUGCCGACAGUGUAUAAGCGGCCCGGGGACCGGAGUUUUGGGUUAUGGACAUUCUGCGUGAUAGGACGAUAUAUAUAAUCGACGACACGGAUCAUUUGUACCAUACUACUAUUUU